AUGGCGUUGUUCAAGAUUUCCGUCGUCGGCUUAUUCUCCGCUUUGGCUGUCCUGACAGAUGCUCUGGAGCGUCCCCUUUCCGACUUUGAGGCUCUGCAACAUCUAGGAGCAAAUAGUCCAUGGUUUCCAGGACCCAACGUCAAUCACAUCUCGUCUGAGGUUCCGGGCGGCUGCAAGGUUGAUCAAGCGGUGUAUGUCGUUCGUCACGGCAGUCGAUAUCCCGACCCAGGGGCUUAUCAGCAAUGGGCAGAUCUCCAUGAAAAGAUACAAUCUGCUAAGUUUACGGCUCGUGGAGAGCUCAGCUUCCUUUCUUCAUGGGAGCCCGUUUUGAAACAUCCCUCUCAACAGGUGAGCCAGGUAUCUCCCACAGGAUAUCAGGAAUUAUAUGAUCUUGGUGUUGAGCUCCAAACUCGGUACCCAGACUUCUAUGAGUACAAUACUCCAUUUUUGCUCUGGUCGAAUGAUUAUCAGCGAACAAUUGAUUCAGCAAGGCUGUUCGCUCGUGGCUACCUGGGCCCCAACUCGACACUAGCCGACGUACACGUUGUAAACGCCAAAGACGCCUCCGCGGUUGGGAAUUCGCUCGCGACAUCAGAUUCAUGUCCGACGUUUAAAGACGUGAGUGGUGGCGAUUAUGUGGACAAAUGGGACAGCAUAUAUCUACCACCGAUCGUCAAAAGACUCAGCAAGCUCAUCGAGGGAAACCUCACACUCAACGCAUCCGACCUGAGUUUGUUCCCAUAUCUGUGUGGAUUCGAGAGCCAGGUCACGCGACGAGUCAGUCCCUUCUGUAGCCUUUUCCGGCCUGAGGAGAUAUUGCAGUAUGAGUAUCGUCAAGACUUGAGGUACUAUUACGGAACCGGUGCUGGAGCUUUCAAAAACUCCAGUGUUAUGUUUCCCGUCCUUCAAGGGGUGGUCGAUCUCCUAUCUGAGGGACCAGGUGUGGUUGUCAAAACUUCUGAUGGCCAGAGCAAACCCCUUCCUCCCCUGAUUGUUGCUUUCACUCAUGACAAUCAAAUCAAUGAGCUGGCUUCAAUUCUCGGCGUUUUCGAUGGUCAAAAGCCUCUUCCAGCUGAUCGUAUCGAUUCCGAUCGUAUUUACGUGAGUAGCCGCGUCAGUCCUAUGCGAGGGACAAUCACAUUUGAGCGACUCAACUGUACCGCUGGAGGACAUCCUCACAAACCAGGCCAAGUUGGAACGUCCGUCCGGAUUCGGCUCAAUGAUGCAGUCUACCGUCUAAGCUGUCCUAUCGACCAAUAUGCUGAACUGGUCGAGAAGAAAUUCAGCCAGCAGGGGACCUUCGCAUCUAUUUGCGGCAUUCCAGAAUCCAAUGUGACAGGUUCGGCGUCAGGCGGUGUUACUUUCUUCACCGAUUUGACUCUCCCUUCGAUUCGAACGGUAAAACCUUGA